GUGCACUAUCUUUUCGUUUUGAUCGCUGAACUUUGCGCGCUAGUCCGGACCGCAUAUACCAAUGGCUCCUGCUGCCUUAUCUGAUCUCUAUUACAAUCUCAAACGCGAUCCGGAAACUUACAGAGCCGACUUUGAAAGGUAUUACGAAAACUACCAGGCACUCGAGCAGUCGUUCACUUGUGCCCCUUCCCAGUGCAUCGAAAAAUUAAAGGACCUGCUCCUUUUCUUAUCUCAAGUGGUAAAUUUUUACCCAAAUUUUACUGAAUGUUUUUGUAACAGUGUUAUGCAUACACUGAUUUCACGCUCUUUCGGCAUGCACCCCGUCAUGCGACAGGCUUUCAUGAAAGCACUGAUGCGGCUUAGAACGAAAGACCUUAUCCCUGCGGACAGGUGCAUCGAUGUGGCUUUUAGGCUUCAUCGCUGUCAAGAUAAAGAAGUUAGGUUAACAAUGAGGAAUUUUGUCGUCUAUGAUAUCAAGCGCAUAAAUCGACGUCAGAAAGCCAACAAGUUGAACUCAACUAUACAGUUGUACUUGUCAAAAACACUGAAGGAUAACAAUCCUACUGUUGCCAGAGAAGCUGUUUUCGUCCUCGUCAGAUUGUUCAAGAAAAAUGUGUGGAACGAUGCCCGCACAGCAAAUUUGCUGGCAGAUGCAUGCUUGGCGAAAAGGAAAAAAGUGUAUUCACCAGCUGUUCGUUUUUUCCUCGGGCAAGACAAGGUACCGGAAUGGAAAGACAGUGAUAGCGAUUCCGAAUCGGACACGCAAAACAAGGAAACGAAGAUUAAACAACUGCGUUUAGGCCAUCGUGUUGGUACAAAGACGAAUCGCCGAACGAAGCGCUUAAAACGUUCUAUCGAACAUGUUAACAAAGCGGAAGAGCGAAAAGCUGCCAAGGGGAAUAACAUGGCCAACUUUGUAGCGAUCAGCUUGUUGCAUGACCCCCAAGCGUUUGCUGAGCGCCUAUUCAAAAAAUUGGAGCGGUGCACAGAUCGUUUUGAAAUUCGUCUCUUUAUUCUGGAUCUGGUCACGCGAUUGAUCGGGCUGCACAAGCUACUGGUACUCAAUUUAUAUCCGUUUAUUCAACGGUUUUUGAAACCGCACCAGCGAGAAGUCACGCGAUUGUUGCUCUUUACUGCUCAAGCAAGCCACGAUGAAGUUCCACCAGAUGUUAUGGAACCUGUAUUGCGCACUAUCGCGGACAACUUCAUCACUGAACGUGCAUCGUCCGAGGCAAUCGCAGUUGGCCUGAACGCAGUCCGCGAAAUAUGUGCCCGAUGCCCUUACGCGAUCUCACCAGAUCUACUUUCUGAUUUGAUUGGUUACCGGACAUACAAGAACAAAAAUGUUGUCGCUGCAGCUCGUUCUCUCAUACGCUUGUAUCGUGGUAUUAAUCCGACAGUUUUACCCCGAAAAGAGCGUGGUCGUCCCACAGAGGCACAGCUUGAGAUUCUUUGUGAUCCAGCUCUUGCCUCUAGUGGAAUUUCCAUAAAUUACGGUCAGCCUUCGGCUGCGCGCUUUGUCCCUGGUUCCGAAGCACUGGUGCUGGCAAAAGCGAUGGCCAAGAAGUCGAAAAAAGACCAUCCAAAAUUGACAUCCAAUAAACGUGAGGUUGUUGCCACUGAUUUGGCGAAGAAACACGAAUCCAUGGACUCAAUGGAUGAGCACAGGAUAUGCUCGGAAAAAGACGGUGCCGGGUCUCACGAAUGUUCAUCAGAAGAGGAUAGCGACGAAGAGGUCUCCAGUGGUGUUGAUAUGGACGAGGGUGGCACCUGCGCGGAUUCGGAUGGCUCGGUCAAUUCAGACCUCGACGAAUCACGAGCGAAUCUUAGUGAUAGCAAGAAUGACGAUGGUUGGGUCGACGUACCACAUUCUUCUGACGAAGAAAAAACAAUUUUCAACAUUAAAGUAGACCCUUCGACGCUUGCCAGCAAAGCACUUGAGGUUGCUUCUUCUCGCGUAUUCACGCAAGAAGAGUUCGAAGUAAUGCGGAAGUAUCAACAAACCAAGCAGAAACGGUUCGCUUCGUUGGGAUCCGGCACUAAGCGGAAAGCUGAUCAGCUGGAGUCCUUUGAAGUGGAUUCGGAUGAAGACGAAGACGCUAACGAGGGGCUCAAAAGUCAGCUAGUCAGCCUGAGUGCCAUUACCAGGCUUGUGAAGCGCCCGAGACAAUCAAAGGCUGAACGCUUGGAAGCCGUGGAGGAGGGAAGAGCAGGACGAGAGAAAUACGGCUAUAAGGUUAACCGAAUGAAUCCGCACGCCAGCACCACCAAUCGUGAGAAAUCGAAAAGAAAAGCCUUCCAGAUGAUAAAACAUAAAGUAAAGCAGAAGGCAAAGCGUAGCUUCAGAGACAAGCAAAUCGCUUUGCGCGAUCGGUUGCGCCAUAUGAUGAAACAUAUGCACUGAGUUGACAACGAUUUUUCCGCUCGCAAUUUGUAUUUAUGCAGUUUCUCAUACAUAACAAAUCGGUAUACAUUUGUACUAUGGCUUCAUCUGCUUAGUGGGUGGCACGACAUGAAUCAUGCACUGUCUUAUAUUGGGAUUUAUUUGAUAGAUCUAUACUUGAGCAAUUAUGCUGUGCUCUUAUUCAUGUAACCUGCCAUUCUGAAAGCAGCAUCUUUUAGAGUUGUUUUGCAAGUGUACUCUUUUCUGCUCACAUCGCCAUGAUCGUUCUCAACGUUUUAUUUUACUUCACUUCUCACCCCGAUCGGAUAACGAACAUGCGUGCUGCUGAGUUGCGUACACUGACC